UCUAUUUCAGCAAAUAGUAGGAAGUCCACAUAACGGGUGAUGGCGGCCACCAAAUACCAUCGCUUUCGCGGCGGCGAGCGGUGCGACGAGUGCGGCGCGCGACAGUGGUACGCGCAGGACGCGAUUCGGUACUGCCGAAACGGGCACCGUCUCGAAGGGUUUGCGGAGCACGAGGGCGACGAGGACGCCUUUGGGACCCAGGGCAAAGUGUCGCGGAAGAAGAAGGAGCCCAAGAAAAAGAUCGCCGUCAAGCUCGCCGGCGACGAGGGGAGAGAGCUGUAUCUCGAGGUCCUGCAGCUCAUAUUGCUGAGGCAGGUCUGGUGGCUCGUCCGGGAGAAGGGCUUCCCCGAAGAUUUCGAGGAGAUCGUGAGGGCCCUCUGGGCGCUGAGGGUGAGGAACUUGCCGCUGAGAGAAAGCGGACAAGGAAACCGCAAGCGGAAAGGGGACGCGAGCGAAGAAUCGGAUGGGUACGCUUCGAGCGCGGCGCUGUUCAGUUCGCAGAGCGAAGGGACGGGUGCCGAAUCGUCGGAUUUCGAUCUCUCGGAUACCACAACGGCUACUUGGGCCCCAGAUGCCCGUAGGCGAUGGAAACUGCCGAAACUCGUGGACAGCCUAGCUCUGUGCUACUUGGGCUGCUUGGUGCGACGACUUCCGGCUACGACGGCAGAUUUCUGCGGCUGGGCUCAAAGGGGGGAGUUGGAAUUUCUCGCGGCGUUCAAUAACAUCCCACGUAAUGUCCGAGACCGCCUACCUGCAGAGUAUCAUCGUGCUCUGCAAGUCAGAGACCAUAUCCCAGCAGGCCGACUGCAGACAGCCGUGCAGGAACUCGUGAUAUCAUUCAAGGCCAACUUCGACACUAUCUUCCCGCCGUUGAACUAUCCACCUAUACUCGCGAGACUCAUAACGGAGUUGGCUCUCCCAGUCGAAGUCUACCUUGUGGUAAAAUGCAUUACGGAGGUUCUAAAGGCGGAUUACUCUUAUCCUAUCGGCGGGAAGAAGAUUCGGGCGAUGGAUAAUCCAGAAGUACUCUUGGCCGCCUUAGUUGUCGUAUCUGCGAAGCUUCUCUAUCCAUUAGACGGUGUUGAGCGGCCUCCUCGAAGCCAUUAUGACCCCCGAGCUACGAAUAUUGACUGGGGAACGUGGCGGGAGAGUAUGAAAGAUGACAAAUCGGUAGAGUCUUCUUUGGUACGGGGUGAAGAAUACAAAGUUACCCCUGAAGACGCCUUGACUAUGGACAAGGAGAAGCUGGACGAUUUCAUGGACUGGUUCGAGAAGAUGUGGAUUGGAGACGGCGAACCAAAGACUGCUGAGAGGAUUCGAGAGCCUUUUCAGGGCCAAACGCGCCCCUCUAAUUCAAGCAACCCGAGUAAACAACCAGAAAACACGGACGUGGAACGCAUAAGAAGGAGAUACGAAGCUGUAAAUAACUCGGUAAAAAUACUCGAACCAGUUCCUGUCGAUCCCGAGGACUCGGGGAAACAGUUCAGGCAAGAUUUCUGCCCUACUUGGCGGACCCCGGAAGAGCUCCCGGACGCCGCGAGAGUUUUCUACGAGAAGGCAGCGAGUAUUGCGGCUAUACCGCUACAUACGCUGGUUAGAGGUGCUACGCAAGUUGAGAGGCGGUUGGAGGUGUGGUGUAUUGAGAGGGCGAAAGAACGAGAUAGAGAAAAGGGGAAGGACAAGGGGAAAGGCAAGGCGAUUUGGACUGGGGAUGACUCUGUUUGAAUUAAAACAGGUAGUUAUAUUUAAUGUUGAGUUGAGUUAACUUGAUUAAACCUCGAUGAUAUACCAUAUUGUUAUAAUCAGCGCAUCGAACACUUGCUCGUCAUAUCGAUCAGCUUAGGUAGACUGAAUAAUUCAUGAUACAACGUAAUAUGGAUUAGGUA